AUGCAUGCAGAUGCUCUUGAACGCAUCUCAAUGACCCUUCAAGCUCGGAAAUUUUCACUAAAACCACAACGAGUGAUUACAGAUCUCGCUAAGAUGGCUGUCAACGAUUCAUCUAAUGAAGCCAUCUCCACAUACGCAAAUGACGAGACAGUUCAAAAGAAAUUGACGAAAGCUGAGAAAAAGGCUCUUUAUAGGCAGGCAUACGAAGAACCACAUGGAACCAGACGAAAACUUUUAAAGGAAAUAUAUCUAAAUGAGAAGAAUGAAGCUAUGAGAGAAGAGCUGAUUCAAUCCGUUCUAUAUUCGAUUUAUGAAAGCGACGAGAACCCCUAUUACAGUAUGCUUCAAAUUCAUAAGAUUUGUCCCGAUUACAAUUCCGUUAAGCCGAAAUCUUUGGCUGCCCUCGUUGUUGUUCAUCUUCGCUCAUGGCUGUACAAACUUGAUGAUCCUCUCGUUGUCUUUGAAAGAUGUGUGACUAAGGAGUUGCAGAUAGAUGCGUUUCGAAUAGCCACCGCCAAGCACACAGGAAAUUUGAAGCUAUUCAACGAAAUUUUUCGUUUGAGUGACCCUUCUCUCCUUCCUUCCAUAAGAGCAGAAAUUGAAUUGCUGAUUGAGCGUAGAAUGUUUAAAGAAGCCAUGGAUGUUGUGGAAGAAUUCCGACUCCACAACGAUUAUAGCCUGGAUGCGUUCAUUAUACCAUCCCUGCUUCAAGACAAACUAAACUCGGUGAUGAAGUUCAUAGAACCUCACAAGGAGAUCCAAAAGGAAUUCCUCUCGUUUCUGGACACGUUUGUUGGUUUAUCGGAGCAGGAAGUGAUAGGUCGUUUGAGGUUUUAUAAAGAGACAAAUGUAAUGACACUGCCUUAUGAACGUUUCACAGGGAAAACUAUUGAGAAGUUGAUAUUCAAGUUGGCAUCUGAUCUAGUAUUACCGAUCGAAUCGGUAGCACCAAAUUUUUUUCAAGCACGAAAAGAGGGCGAACUACGUUUUAAGGUUCAGUCGCGGUUCGUUGCUAAAGAACUAAACGAUGAUGCAUACUUUGGGCACGUAAGCGAAGCAUUGAGAAGUGGGGACGAACGACUGAGAAUGUACUUCAUAAAACAUCUGACGAACUUUUGCUACUAUGCUGACGCUGUGCGAUGGGCCGUAUAUUGUAAUAUCUCGGAAAACAGAUUGCCUCGUCGAUUACAAUUGUAUCUCACUGAAAAUCCAGAAGCUGUGCAUGAGGCAGAGAAUAAUAUACGAAGGAUGGAGAGGCGAGCAGAAGACGUCGGUGAUGUUGCACCUGAACUUUUUCCUGGAUAUCUUAUACACUUAGUCCAUGAAAGGGUACAGCUCUUGGAAUUGAUGGAAAAACUAGAGAAAGAAGAAUUCAUUGGUAUUGAUUCCGAAUGGAAAGCUCAGUAUAUGUGUCCAAACGAAAGUGUGGCGCUCCUGCAGAUUGCCAUCCCUCAAGGUGUUUAUUUAGUGGAUUUCUGCGCUCUGGAGCAGAAAUUGAAUGAGAGUGACUGGCAUGAUUUCCUCUGGACUCUUCUGUGUAGCAAGGCUAGGAAAAUUGGUUUUGACCUCACCAACGAUUUGCGUGCGCUUUUUGCGGGGAUAUCAACAACUAAUGUCCGCACCUUAGCCGAUAACCUUUGCAAUGUAGUGUGUUUGAAACGUCUGGUCGAAAAUCUACUCGAUGCCGAUCGACACUUUAUGGAUGUGAGAUACGGUCACUUUGUGGACGAACCUGAAGUCUCUACAGAUGAUAACCUGCAAGAAGGUGGACCUAUGCAUUUCAAACUCAGUGAUUUGAGUGACCGUUUGCUCAACAUUAAGCUUGAUAAGUCUGAGCAAUGUAGUAAUUGGUCGAUUCGCCCUCUUCGUGCAAGUCAGAAGCGGUACGCGGCAAUGGAUGCAUACAUUGUCAUUGAAUUAUAUGGAAAACUUCGUGAAAUCGCUGAGUUGCGUGGAGUGGAUUUUGAAAAUUUGGUAGAACUUUCUAUGGUGAACGGAAAGAAGAGGGAAAAAGUAAAGACGAGGAAAGAGAGGGUGAAAAUGGAUGACAUGACCUGGGCAGAAAUAUGCGAGAAGUUAGAGGAUGUUCAGUCUGGUCAAACACCUGCAACGCAGUUGAGAUGUUUGGUUGAUUCCAUGCUUCUUGGUCUUGGAAAGCACCUAAGACGAUGUGGUGUGGACGUUUUGAUUCCUGCCGAUAGAAACGAACUAAAAAUGAAAGCACAAGGAAACAGCAGAAUAAUUCUAACAAGUGGAAAAGCUUAUGAUGAGCUAAAACGUCUUUUCGGCGAUCGCGUGCUAGGUAUACCAAAUGCCAGUGCGCUUGGACCUAUUGAUCAGCUAAAAUUCGUAUUCACAAGGAACAAGAUCUCUUUCGCCGGGUUGGAUAUUUUUUCACGUUGCCUGGAAUGCAAUGGGACGUAUUUUGUGAAAGCUCCAGGUCCAGUUAUACAAGCUCUCUUUGAAAACAAUGUAAUUUGCAAGAAUGGAUUUCAUGAUGAACCUUUCAAUUCCGCCGGCUGGACACAAAAACUGAAUUCUUUGGAUUGGCUCAGUUUUUCUGGAAUCGGCUGCUGUUUGUUGUCGCCUGCUGAAGGACACAUGGUUGUGCAAUGUUAUGGUGGAGUCGUUAAUAUAACAGCUAACAUUGUGAAGCACGAUCAUCUCGAAGAAGGAGUGGACAUAGCGGUUCGGAAGGUUCCCGAGCAGAUAUCCUCUCGUGCCAGUCUAAUCUUUUUCAUAUGUGGUUUGUGUGGAAAGCACAGCAUCAUUUUCUUGGAAGUUCCUAGUGUCUCUAGAAUGGAACCUUUCACGUUUUGGUUGGAAACGUACUUUUACGGAUACGCCUGUUUCGAAUAUUUUUUGGGAAAUCAUUGA